AUGGCCCAAGGAAUCAGAGAGCCUGCCUACACUGAGUACCUGUGGGACUUUGGGGGCAGCAAGUCUGUUAGAACAACCUCUAGAACAAUGAUCAAAAAGUUCCAUGUUCCGAGAAGGUACAGUGUGACUGUCAGAGCGUUCAGUGGGCCAGCAACAUCUGUGGUUUCAGAGGUCCACAAUGUGACCGUCCAGAGGGCCGUUAAGGCAGCCAAGCUCCGGUUUCGCUCCUCCGUCCUCGUAAAUACAACCGUGGACUUCAAAUGCCCAGUCAGCGCUGGGACGGAUGUUUCUUACCUUUGGAGCUUUGGCGAUGGCACGGCACGACAUGGACAGAUGACCCAACCGCACACGUUUGACAGACUAGGCGAGUUCUUGGUAACAGUGACUGUGCAUAACCUGGUAAGCUCAGCCUCCCUGAUGGGAACUGUGUUUGUGACCCGGAAACCCUGUCUGCCUCCUCCAGUCAAGAACAUGGGCCCCAAGAAAAUACAGGUGCAACGCUACCAGGCUGUGCGUUUGGCAGUGACGUAUGAUGCACCAUUGGAGUGCGUUGAGUCUCAGGGGUUACGGUACCAGUGGACACUCUACAGGGCUGAUGGGCAGGACAUGAGACUUAGCCCUGAGGACACUGAUAGACAAGACUUGGAGCUGCCACCAUACUCCCUUCAUUAUGGCCUCUACAGGGCGGUAUGCAAGGUGCAGCUGAUUGGGAGUGUGGUGUACAGCAACUACAGCGUCUCGGUGGAGGUGCUACCCAGCAACCCCAUCAGCAUCAUUCGGGGGGCCACCAACCUCUUCAUCAGUCGCCAUGACAACAGCAUCAUCACCCUGGAUGGGAGCCGAUCACAUGACCCUGAUUACCCUCAGAGUAACCUGAGUUACAGCUGGCAUUGUAAACCAGUGAGUACACAUCAGGGGGAGUGCCUCCCAGGCCACGUCUCCACAUCACUGGCAGAGCUCAGCUUCUCAGUGGCAUCAGACAUCAAUCCCUCAUUCGACCAGUUUCGCUUCACGCUGACUGUGGAAAGUGGAGGACGCUCGUCCUCAUCAGAAGCAUUUCUCACCAUCACACCCAGCUCCAUGAGGAGUCUACAGAUCCACUGUGGUCACUGUGGUGAAGGAAAUGCUGUCAAUUGGAACGAGCAGUUUGUUGCUGAGGCGCUGUUUGACAAGGACACAUUCGUCCCCAAGGAUGUCUUUGUUCACUGGAAUCUCUACAUAAUCAAUGGCACCAGCAACAUUGUCAGUGAAGUCCCAUUCUGCAGUGCUGUUGAUCUAGGCGCACCAGCAAAAAUCCUCGAAAGUUCGCAGCCACCCGAGGGAGCACUGGAGGCGUUGGCGGAAACACCCUCGCCACUACACGAUCCUGAUGCACCAGUCUCCUCACUCAACUCAUUAGACGACAGUGAUCAGAUAACCAGUUUCUCUGAUGCAUUUGAUGUGUCGCCAAUGUCACCGUUAGACACACACGCUCCUCUGAUCCUUCAUGACAGUGGCAGCGGUGUCCCAGCUGAGAGUCACAGCGAUCUGUCUUCAACAGAGGACCUUGGUGGAUACGGAGGACCUACAGGUGUGGGAUUGGGCUGGAGUGAUGGAGAUGGAGAUGGAGAUGGAGAUGGAGGGUUGAUGUCAGAGGAUGCUGAUCCUGGUGCUGAUGCUGAGGAGAGCUACCUGAUGGACUCCAAGAGGCCCAGUCCUGUUGCCAUGGAGACAACCCUACUGGACCUGAACAGAGAGCUUGUAGACCCCCAGCUGUUAGAGUCCUACACUGUUGCAGGAAUGUCUCCGUCUGUCAUCGCGUUGAAACCUUACUCCCUCGCCCUCAACACCCGCUACAUGCUCUCAGCCACCGCACGUGAGGGGGAGACAGUAGUGGGUAGAUCUCAGCUGUUCUUCUCCACACGUGGAGGCCCCGAGGGCAGCGCGUGUCUGAUCCAGCCCAGCCACGGCCAAGAGAUACUCACCACCUUCAGCGUCUUCUGCGCAUCUGGACAAGAGGAGCUGUUAUAUGAGUUCAGCUAUUCGGUUGGCGAGAGGCCUCCUGUAGUGCUGUAUGAGGGAAGAGACUUACAGCACUAUUUCCACCUGCCCUCUGGAGACCACCAGCAGGACUAUGAAGAGAACAAGUAUGGGGUAACAACCAGACCGUGUGCAGCCCCGGUGAAGGUCCUGCCCAUAUUUCAGAGAGAAUCAGCCUCAACAUACGCUCCAGAGCAGCACCUGUUCACGCUGAGCACUAGGAACCUCAGCAGUCUGGUACAGACUGGUAGCGUAAGGGACAUCCAGAACUACGCUCGCCUGCUCACGAGUGUCCUCCGUAGGCUGAGCAGGGGAACUGCACCCUCUCCACAGCCCCUCUCCCAUGCACACAGCACCCUGGUGGACACACUGUGCCAGCUCACCACCAGGGAUGAGGUGACUUUGCAGAGUGCCAAGAUGGUUGCCAAGCACAUACAGGGCAUGUCUAGUAGGCUGACGAAUCAGCAGCUGUCUGGAGAUGCCCGGUCAUUGGAAAUUAACCUUCUUACUGCCACAGUCACACUGCUGUCUCAUAUUUUGGAAGUCACACAUCAAUUCGCUGAAGCAGGGAUAGAUCUCACCUCUGACAUCAUUCGCAUGAUCACAGAACGGUUACUGCCGAUUGUGGGUUUUGCUGAUAUGGAGCUGUACAACUGCACCACCUGGAGGAAGAUAAGAGUACUGCAGCUGGAGCGGCCUUUGUCUGUGGAGUGGCCGAGCAGGCCGCGUGAUGCCAUUCUUGUUGAAGGAGAGAGCUUCUCGCUGCAGUCCAGUGGGGUGAAUGUGCACCGCUUCAACGUGACGGCGGCUCUGCUGAGUCAGGCUGUACUGGUGACGCUGCGGUUCACUUGGCCUGCCAACCGCACCUUUCCCAUCAUGCUCCUCUUCAGGGUGUCAGAGAGUCCCACCCCUGAUGUGUACUCCAUAAAGAAGAUCCAUCGCUGGAACCAAGAGGCCCUUCACAUUUUCAUUCCUCCGUCCAGACUUCUUGAUAUUGGCACUGGCUACAUGUCCAUCCUCAACGCUGACUAUGACAAGCCACUUGGGAGGAAGUACAUCGCUCCCAUGGUGAACUACACGUUAAGGAUGGAGUCUGUCAGCUGUCUGUCAUGGGACGGUGCCAGCCAAUGGACAUCGAGGGGCUGCAGCCCUCAGGCAAGCCCCGCCUCCAACACUGUCAUCUGCAGUUGCAGCCAUCUCUCCACCUUCACGGCGACGUAUCAGACCGUUCAGAGCUGUGUGGACUUUGUGGACGCGUCUGAGUUCAUCAAGCCCAUCAAUAGCCAGGCGCCAUACUGGGUGAUUGGGCUGUCCCUUGUAGCAUUCGCCUUGAUGGCUCUCAUGUGUCGGCGUGCAGAUGCAGACAUAGGACAUCAUGGUGGAUUAGGCUCCGCCCCUCUGGUGCUGCCAGACUGCGGGCCGUUUGACGGACAGCUGUAUGCUGUCACCGUGGAGACCGGUCUGCGCUCGCCGGCCCGCAUGACAGCCAAGGUGUACAUGGUGCUGUGUGGUGAGGAGGGCACGUCUGACACCAAAGAGCUCCACAUCCCAGACAGGAAACUCUUUGGCAGGAACUCCAAACACACAUUCAUUCUCAGCACUGCCGAGAGCCUGGGCCCUGUGUGGAUGCUGCGUCUCUGGCAUGAUAACGGCGGCCCGCAGCCCAGCUGGUACGUCAGCCGUGUGCUGGUGAGGGAGCUGCAGAGCGAGAGGACCAGUCAGAGGACCAGUGGAGGAGGCCGUCACAGCAGCAGCAGCUGGUUGUUCCUCGGGGAGUGUUGGCUGUCUGCCGUAGAGGAUGAUGGGAAGGUGGACAGGAAGCUGAUGGUGUGCAGGGGGGGACUGGGCUUCUGGAAGCUGUUGUAUAUGAAGCUGACAGACUACCUGGAGGAUUUCCACCCGUGGCUGUCUGUGUACAGCUGUGCCCCCCACAACCCCCCCUCUCGCCUGCAGAGACUCUCUGUAUGUCUGCUGUUUCAGCUGGGUCUUAUGGCUACCACCGCACUCCUCAUUCACACAUACCACCAGCACCUACACCCGCCGCGCUGUCUAGAGCAGGGGCUGAGUGACGUUUCCAUGGCAACUGGUCUGCUGGCUGCCGCGUGUGUGCUGCCUGUGGGCUGUGUGAUCUUGCUGCUCUUCCGCUUUGCACAGUUAGACAAGCAUAAAAGAUCAUCUCCAAGUCUGAUGAAAGGCUGGUCAGAAUCUGACAUCAGCUCUUGGGAAGGAGCCCUGGCUGUGAAAUUCUGUCCGACUAAGACUCUGCUGUGGAUUUAUUCGCUGGUGUUCUCCCUCUUUGCCAGUGCUGUUGUCCUCCAUCCAACUCUGGCGGUGAGGGCUCGUCAGAGGGCUCGUUACCUGCGUCUGGUGCGUCCCCUUAAUCCAGACGAGCUGAGACUCACAUCUAGACGCCAGAGGAAGAACACACUCAUACGCAGGUUUCUCAGUGAGCUGAUUCUCUACGCCAUUGUGUUGUCCCUGCUGUUGUUUGUGGCAUAUGGGAAGUCAAGUCCUAAUAAAUAUCAUUUGAAUCAAGCCAUCAAGGCGCAGCUCAGAAGAGGUCCUUUCAAGGAAUUUCAAAAUAUAAGAACACAUCAGGAUUGGUGGCAUUGGACUUCAAGCAUCAUGAUGGAGCAUUUGUAUAAGGAUGCCUUGAGAAACAAUGCUUCAAGCCGCAGGACCAACCCACGGGAAGGCAGUUUCACUGCAAGCAUUCUUGUUGGUGAACUGAUUCUUAAGAAAACUGAGAGAGACAUAAACACACUCUGCCAAAACAACCAAAAAUGGUGUAGGCCCAAAAGUUGUGAUGGAACAUGGAAGACUGUUUACCUUGGACAAUCAUGGUCAGCAGUGCAGGCCUCCCUGAGUGAUCUGAAGUCCUCUUCCUGGAUUGAUGAGCAUACGUGUUGUUCAGUGGCGGCUCAGUUCAACCUGUACAACCCUCCCAGUCACCUCUUCAGCACCAUCACCCUAUUGGCUGAGCAGGACCCCUUGGGCCGCAUCUGGCCCAGUGCUGGGGUGGUGUCCACUAGGCUGUCCCUGUCCAUGGGUGCCCUUGACUGUGGCAUGGUGACCGUGGAGCUGCUGUUUCUGGUGUAUGUGCUGGCUCAACUAAUCAUCCAGCUAGGGUGCAUUUCUCAAAAUGGAGUGGCCUGUUUUUGUUCAGAGCCAAGAAACUGGAUUGAGGGAUCCGUAGUACUGAUAAGCGUCCUCUACUAUGCUGUGUCCGCUCACCACUUCAAGCUGAAAUCAGACACAACUGAACAAAUGUUGAGGGAGGACUUGAAUGUGUUUAUUGAUUUGGAGACUGUUGCAUUUUGGGAGCAGCUCACAGUAUCCCUACAUGGAGUCAUUGUGUUCAUCUUCUGGCUGAAAGGCCUAUUUGUGCUGCAGAUGAAUAAAACCAUGUGUUUGCCUCUGAAAGCUCUCAGCGCUUCACUCUGCAGCCUUAUGUGGCCAAUGACUGCUGGUGCCAUUUUGCUGAUGGCCUUGUCCUCCAUGGCCACGGUGCUCCUCCACCACUCCUCUCCUGCCCACAGCACUCUCCUCCGUUCUGUCAGGACUGUGCUGGCCUUCACCAUCACACCCAGAAGACUCAUGACAUGGCUGGGCCUCAAGUGUGCCAGCUGCACCUCUGGACCUCUCGUCCUGGCGUGUAUGAUCUGUGUGUUCCGGAUGGUGUGGACUGCACUGGUAAAAGGGAUGGUGACCUCGCUUGUGAAAACCACCAGGCUAUCAUCAUGCUUUACACUGUCUGAGCUUUCGGACUACAUGAAAAAUCAGAUAUUUGUUUUUGUUGGAAAGAGUGGAUCAGACCAGUCUGAAGACCACCAUCCUGUACAUACCUUUUGUUUGGAGGAGUUUGAGGACCUUCUGGAUGAGCUAUUGUUCAAGCUCAGUGCUGUCUCUGACAGCCUACACCACACCUUGCCCAGUAAAGACUUGGGAUUCAAGAGCCCUUUCUCCACCCAGUCUGAAUGGAGCAGCUCCUUUGAAUCAGAGGUCCUGCAGGAUGUAGACACUGAUGGCUUGCAGUCUCCAGUAGGCCAAACCUUCACAGACCUGAGAGUGGAAACAUAACAUGGUCAGACGGACUCAUACAUUACAUGGAUCCAGUAUCCUGUUCUUCGGAUCCUGCUGUGGCAGCUUACAUUGAUUUAUAGGAUGAGCUUUUCUGUAUACAUUUGAGCAUUCUCAAACAUGGUUGAGUACAUGCAAGCCGACAAGAGACAAAGGUGUCAGUUGUCCCAGGCCAAGGAAGUGCCACACCCCCUCUCCAUAGUUACAUUAUAUGGAGAGGGGGUACGCUACCUUUCAGAUGACUCUGUCCCGGACCCAGCAAAAGCUGUCAGCUGCCCUGGAUGAAUAUAGCCUACUGCAGGGGGUCUCCAAUUAUUUUCCCUAAGGGCACAGAUGAGGCUGAGGGCCAAACAAAUUGCCCGACUGUAUGGCCACCGAUAGCACACAUAGGCCUAUGUUUUCAUUUGUUCCAUUCUCAUGCUGGGUCAGAUGCUUGCCAAGCCCGGGCCGGAUCUUGCCCGUGGAUCAUUUGGAAACCACUGACCUACUGUAAAUUUGCUUUGGCUAUAGGUUUUAAUAGGCUGCCUUGGUGCUUUCAGUACAUCACUAAACUGUAUGUUUCCCUUUGAAAUCCACUUUACAAUCUGCUUACAAGAUUCAAACAUGCUGUCAUGUGUUCUGGU